AUGAGAGAAAUGCAGCACGAUAACCUCAAUCGUUUCCUCGGAUUGUGCCUCGAUGGGCCACAAUUACUGUCCAUAUGGAAAUAUUGCAAUAGAGGAAGCCUGCAUGAUGUGAUCACCAGAGGAGCGACCACGAUGGACAACAUUUUCGUAUUCUCACUGAUACGAGAUAUCGCGAACGGUUUGGGCUUCAUUCACGGCUCGUUUUUGGAAUUUCAUGGUUUUCUGACAUCUAAAUGCUGUCUCGUCGACGACCGUUGGCAGGCAAAAGUAUCCGGCCACGGUCUAAGAAAAAUACGCCAGUACGAUAAGCGCCUUCCAGAAGACCUACUGUGGACUGCACCAGAGCUUUUGCGUAAGGAUGAUAUCGGUGGCUCUGCGGAAGCCGACAUUUAU